AUUUAUAGUUCUCUUGGAGUUCUUAGUCAUUCCAAUUUAUCCGUAAAAAGUCUGUAAAUUAAGAACGGUUGCAAUGGAGGUAAUGGAAGAAGGUAAUUUGAUGGACAGGGUGCCAGUUUUAUUGCAACGAGAUAUGCAAUAUUAUCAGGAACAUCAAUCUGUUCUUCAGGAAACAAUUUGUCCUGGUGUUGUCGGUGGAAAACUUGAUUUUCCUCGAUACGCGUCAUUCGCUGCAGUGAAAAUCGUUUUCUGGUGGGAGGAUGAGUAUUAUGCGGCGUACAAAAAGAACUCCGGCCUGUUGAAUUUAGACGAAAUCAAUGACGAUGGAGACGAAGCAAAUGAUUCCUUGAAUUUGAAUUCGAAAGUUAUUGUAAAAUCGUCGGAUCCCGAAAGAUUUGUUGGAUCUGUGACCAAGUCGGCUGAUAAAUUGUUGGAACACAUCCACACGCUGAGUCAAGAAGCACUAGAUCACGCUGACUUGACAGUAUUAACGGCUACGAUAGGUGCUUCAGCCUUGAUUAAAAAUGCUCUCUGGGUUUACUUACAAUCGGUUACGAAAAACGUAUGUCCACCAAAGGGAGAUGAAAGUGGAGGAUCACUGAAGCUGAGCUACAAACAGUACUCUGAGAUGACCGAAGCAUUAGCUGAACGUUUAUUGGAUUUACACUGUCGUCUGCUUAGUCUGUAUAUCAUUCAAGAUGCUGAUUGCUUGAACUGGGAAUGCAAUCAACCGUUUUUCGAGUCUGAACGUGGUUCAUAUACCAUACAAAUGUGGUGGUUGUACAUGCAAGGCACGAAAAACAAUUUGUGGAACUCUGUUCCGCCGAAUAUGGCCCAAAGGGUAUAUGCUGGUAUGCUUAACGAAACAUUGUCGUUGCUUACCGUUCGCUACACUCAGACUGUUCCCAGCCAGACACGAUCUCAAUUACUACUCGUGGAUGUAUGUAAUCUGCUGUUGUGUGUCGCCGAAAUUCUUCCGUCGAUCUGUGAAAAUGGCGAAUCGUACGUCGGCUUGAAUCUGACGAGUCAAUCGAAAAUUAUACGAGACGUGCAUGCAAAGUGUCAGGAAUUGUUUUGUUGCCUGCUUUUGAGAGGAGUACCUCUGGGCUCCUUAUAUAAGAUAAUGCGUAAGGGUCCAACAUCAGUCAAUCUCUUCAAUUCCGGUCAAGGGCUUCCAUCUCCGUGGAUAAUAUUCUCUCUACCCAAAUUGUUCCCACUAAAUCAGAACGGACAAUGGGCCACUAAGUGUUCCGAUUUUGGACCGAAUACCGCCAUUGCGCUGGAACUGAAAGUUCUUCUAAAUUCACCGCAAGCCAAUUGGGCACAUUUGCUGAAGAUUUUGUUGAUGAGAGACUCGCUCGUUUCGUCGAUAAUUCAUCAUCACUUGAUGAAAAACAUCCCGACAAGUGACUGCUUUUAUCCAUCGCUGGAUCAACCAUUCAUGAAUCAAAAGAAAUUCGCGUCGAAAUGCGACGGAUUUUUGUGCGGCAAGGAAUGUAACAAAAUUGCUGAUUGGAUCAGUGGCGAAAUUGAUCCCGUCGGCCAGACAAACUACCAAGUUGUGUUGGCCUUAACUUACAUUAUCGUCUUAACUGGUAAAUCGUCGGACAUCACCGAAACUAUUGUGUCUUCGUUGGAUAAGAGUCAAAUCAAAGACUGGCAGUUCGCUCUGGAUCGACGGCAAGUGUGGAACCAGAAGCGACCACCGUGGUUGGAAGCAAUUUUGCAUUUAAUCUAUCCAGUCCUUGAUCCUGUCAUUCAUAUGCUAGUUGUGGCUGUUCAGACGGGAGCAACAAUGUAUCAAGCUAUGUCGUUAGCGAUAUCCUGCCUAACAGAAAUGUGGGAUUGCAUACCAGACUCUUUGUACACCAUUUCCAUGUCACUGUCAGACGUGAUAUCAACAGAAAUUCGUCCCCUCGGCGAAUCCGUUUUGAUUCAAAUUUUGUUCAGUGCUCUUUACACAAAACUCUUGGAAGCAUCGAAAACUGAAACGAUGGAAGGCGACAGUGGUGUAGCAAACAUCGCCGAAACCCAAGAACAAAAGUCAAGCAUCUGCAAUGUCCUUGCCGAGGCAAUUUGUUCGAUUGAUGAGGACAAUAAGCACACCGAAUCGAUUACAGCUUUGAUAAACUAUGCCAGGGAAAGUCAACGCAGUAAGGGAGAUCUGGACGAUACUGGCGAAGCUGUGGGAUUGAGUUUUGUGAGCACUGUGAAGAUGGACGAUUUUCACGCGGGAAAUCAAUCGUCACCAAGUACUCGAACGGGCGAAGAGUACAAUGUCGAGAAUGCCGACUACAUAUCGGAAAUGCUUGUCAGCGACAUAUUGACCAGUUCGAUUGGUAAGCAAAGCCUGAAAUUGCUGUACAACUAUCUGCGCAAGAAUUCGGAAUGGCUGUUUCAAAAACUGAAUGUCAGUGACAUUGAGCUUAGCGAAUUUAAAUUGCUGCCCGGUCAAAAUAUCGUCGAGGAGGAAGACAAUUUGUUGAAUUUGAUGUUUCACAUUGGACAUCAGCCGUUCGAUCAGCUACUAACCGGUGGAAUUAAAAUUGACUAUAACUACUGGUUUCAAACUCCAAUGUCCAUAACUACAGAACGGGCUUGGUUGCAGAUAUCGCAGAGAUAUGAGUUUCAAGAAAAUGUGAAAUUAUCUGUCCAAGAGACCGUAAUGGUUGCUUUUAUCACUGCACAGUGCAAAACAUAACAUGUAAAAUUAGCACGUUAUGAGGUUC